AUCAUCCGUCCUUACAACCGCAACCGCCAUUUAUAUUCCACCGCCAUUUCACAUCAACCCUAGUUGCGAAGAAGAUGUCUCAGAUGGAAAAUCAACUGUGCAAGCUGUUUGUCGGCGGCCUCAACGUCCAGACAACCGACGACGGCCUGCGAAAUCAUUUCGAGCAAUACGGAGCGCUCACGGACUGCGUGGUCGUGCAGAACCAGCAGCUGAAGCGCUCGCGUUGUUUCGGUUUCGUGACGUACUCGAGCCCCGAGGAGGCGGACUCGGCCAUGGCGGCCCGACCGCACGUUCUGGACGGUAACACCGUCGAGCUGAAGCGGGCCGUGGCCCGGGAAGACGCAGGCAAACCCGAGGCCCUCGCGAAGGUGAAGAAGAUAUUCAUCGGCGGGCUUAAAGACGACAUCGAGGAGGAUCACCUCCUCGAAUGUUUCUCCCAGUUCGGCGCGGUGGAGAAGGCGGAGGUUAUCACGGACAAAGAAACCGGAAAGAAGCGCGGCUUCGGCUUCGUGUAUUUCGAGGACAACGACUCGGCCGACAAAGCAGUGGUGCUCAAGUACCACGUUAUUAACGGGCAUAAAGUGGAAGUGAAGAAAGCCCUAACCAAGCAGGAGAUGCAGGCCGCAGGGAGUCGUGGUGGCCGCGGCGGGAGGGGGAUGGGCAGGCCGCAGAACGGCUACGGCGCGCGCGGCGGCGGAUACGGCAACUACAGCAGCGGCGGCGGGUAUGGAGGCAAUGACGGCUACGGCGGUGGCUACGGAGGCGGGUAUGGGGGAGGCUACGGGGACCAAAUGGAGGGCUACGGCGGUGGUAACGGCUACAAUGACUUUGGCAGCGGCUAUGGCCAGCAGUCCUCUGGCUAUGGCCCAAUGAAAGGUAAUUACUCGGGCAGAAGCAGCGCUCCUUACUCCCGAGGAGGUGGAGGUGGUGGUGGUUACGGCAGGGGGGGUUACGGAGGCUCGUAUUAGGAGCGUAUAUUAGGUCCUUCCCCAGCCCACAUCACAGUUUCGACCACACAUUAUCUUCAGCUAAGUUGAGUCACUUUAAUGUGGCAUGGCAUUGACUGAAACACUCAAGCUCCAUUAUCAUUAUCCAGUCCAGCAGAUCAUAGUUAGGGCUCACCUAUUCGACUUUACUCCGUAUCUCAGCUACUACUACACAUCAUUUUGCUCUCUUCCCUGAAGUACUAGGAAGUUUUUUUCCCCAAACAAGACAUAGGACUACUACUCUGGAUCUUUUGCUUAUUAUAAGACUGGCCAGUGGUGUCCGGGGCAGGCUACUUGUUCGCGAAACUGUUACUCACGUUUUUUUUUUUGUGCUUUGGGGUUAAGUUAAGAGUAGUAUUUUUGCUUGUUAAUUAGUGUAUGCAUGCGUUCUCCUCCUUUUAGUAUAUGUAUUGUAUUUUUAUUGUGUCUGUUUUCUUCUUUUCAAUAAUGUAUAGGGUCGUGAAACGAUUAAUCGCAUUCGAAAUCGGUUUGUUUACUUUGUGCACUGUGUAGGUUUAUGCAUAUGUGAAUACACGCAUGUAUCCAUCAAAGAUUUAGUGUAUGAUAAUACAUUUUUUUUUAAUGUAUACAUGAUUGUGUAUUUAUAUAUCCAUAAUAAAUAUACACCGUGCACACACACAGUUUGAAAACGAACAUAUAUUUUCUAUGCAUUAAUCGUUUCGCUGCCGAACAAUUAAAUCUGGUUUUGAUUGAGAGCCAAUCGCAGUGAAGCCCUGUAGAGAUUCAAAAAUUCAUUGGCUGGCAGCAGGCAUGAUUUGCAUAUCACCUGAUCUGUUGAGUGCAUCAGUAUCUGAAGUAAAAAUCCAAUUCGUUUUCUUAGUAAGACCAGACCUACUGUGAGCGAUGAGGUUAAUUGAUGUUCUAUGUAUUUGUUGAAGCCGCCACUGGACAUUUAUUUUUACUCCUUUAGCAAAUAUGUUGAAAUAAACCAUGAUUCUUCUUAUUCUUCAAAAAAAAACAUGUUAGUGCCCACCCACUCCCAUGUAGCAUGCCACAUGAUAACCCUAACCGCAUUAAUAUUUCCUUAUUUUGCAAUAAACUUAUAAUUUUGUUUCUGUAUACACAUGCAGCAUCUUUAAAUCAAUAGUUUAAUCUUUAAUUUGCAAUGCUUCUUGGGAUUGCAGUACUUUUUUUUUUUUUCAUUGUAUACCCAUUUUUUUGUUUGGUUUUGGCUUUAAAUGAAACGCAUAGCUGAUUAAGGGAAUUAUAACUCGUUACUUUUUAAAAAUGAAUGGGAUGAAUACUCCAGAAAACCCAACGCAGCUGAAAAACUGCACUGUUGUUGAACUCCGUUUGCUGCAGAAUCUGCCGCCAACCAAUGAAAAAUUUAACCUUUCUUUUAAUUAGGCUCAAUGGCAACUAGAAGCUGUUCGUCCUAACAUAAGAAACGUGUUUGGAAUGAACCAAAAUUUCUUUGGCGUCUCAAAAUCGUAGCUUAUUAAAGUACUAGUUUCAGCCUCAAAUGUUCAGGCUCGCUAAAACAACCCUCAACAUCCAUUAAUAUAGUGAUUAACGUGUCUCCUCCCAAUUAGUGUCAUUUGUUAAAUAGUUCUAGCACAUUAUGAAAAUUGGUGUUACACAAACCCUUUCUUUCGUCAGGUCUCUGAAGACCGAUUUGAGUUGUUUUUCUACCGUUUAAUCGCUUCGUAAAGGACUUAAAUGCUCUUGUCUUAUUGUAUUACUGCUUCAACGGAAUAACCUAUUGAAUAUUGUUUAUUCCAGAUACAACUGAACUGUAUGUAUUUCUGUUAAUAAAAGUCAUUAUUCCGUAACCAUUAUGGUUUAUGGCCAGCUGAGAUUUAUUGGGUCGCAUAUAAGGCUCGUGCAGCGAUUUUGUCUUUCCAUCUAGGUAAGACUAAAACUGGAGGCCAUUCUUUGCCAAUAUCAGGCAUUGGCUCUAGUGCUCCAUAUUAAUGACAUUUCUUUGCACCAGACAUGUGGGGAUGUCAAUAUUUUCCCAACCAUAUGUUGUCUUUAUUCUCAAAAUAUGUUUAGAGCUUUGUUCCAAUACUUUUAGUGAUCAGAUAAGACGGAUCUAUACCUUAGCUGUGUCCACUACUACUUCAUUGGAUUCUCCAGGGCUACUCCAGAGAUGUAGAAACCCAGCUGAAAAUCCAUAGGAUAAACGCACCAGGUUUGUAGAAAUGCUUUAUACACCAGACAUCACAUCGGGUGUGUCUUUAACAUACUUUGGAUCCACCUGGAAAACCAAAUCAGGUAUUUGUGAGUCGUUAACGUAAAGCGUGCAUGCAACUUUAUUUCCUAAAAUCUAGUAGUGAAUGGCGUUAACUGGCGGUGACCAUGUAACAUGGAGGAAAAGUGGAAAUUAGAACAUGCUCUGUAGUUCAAUGUGGUGAUUGUGGUUUAUGUAGUUAUGUCUUAAUCCAAUAUUUUAGCCGAUUUCCAGUUUAAGGCCAAACCGGAGAACGAAGCUUAUAGUUCCUGUUUACUUGGUGCAUUAGUUCCAGAUAUUAAUGGCAUCAAAUGCAAAGGAGAUCAGCAUUAAUUAAGCAAGAGAGAACACAAUGGAAGGAAUUAAAUAAAAUCUCACUUCGAAGCGCGGCUGCUUGAUGAACCUCUGCAGCGGCUGUGAAUCCAGUUGGUCUGAAAGAUGGAGAAAACUCCACGUUCUAGCAGAGUUUGCAUAUGAAUAUGCCAGAUUCCCGUGGACCUCGGAGAGGCAAGCUGCCCAUGACCUGGUACGUGGAGGGCGACUGCAUUCGGUUCCUUUGACCGAAGUUGAAUGAAAUGCACAAUGGCAAAUUACACAUGAACAUGAAUAAACAUGGCAUUGAAUGACUGAAGAAUUCAAUAAAAAAAUUACUGGAUAA